AUGCUGGAAUGUUGUACAAGUAAGCUGUUGGAACAACGACUGAAGUCGUUUCUUAUGUGCCUUUGUACUUCAAUACUCAUCAACAUCGGCUCGGCUGCUGACAGCUCUGCGACUCGAGAUCAGCGUAUUGAAGUUUACCGAUCUCCUUCGUGCGCAUCUUCCGCUUUCGAUCAGUUGUUAAAAGCUCUUGGAGAUUUGGUAGCUGAUAACAACAAAUUCCUUGUAAUUGGGGACUUCAACUUCCCGGAUAUUCUGUGGUCCCCUCAUAUGGACUCCAGACCCGCUAGCCUCAGUGCACGUCGAUUCGUCGAGCUGUGUGAAAAUCUUAAUCUGCAUCAGUUGGUCUCAAAGGGAACCCAUGGCACCAACAUUCUAGAUCUUGUUCUAACCAACAGUGAAGGUCUUGUUAGGGACGUUGCUGUCAAAGCACCCAUCGGAAAUAGCGACCAUGCCUCUGUCCAUUUUUGGAUUACGACUCGAAUGGAAGAGAGUUCAGGCAUAUCCAUGAAGAGAAAUUUUAAGAAGGCCAACUUCGAUGACAUUUUAGCUUAUCUUAGCAACAUUGACUGGUUUGGUUCAUUGGCUACUGUGGAAACGAUAAUAUUCGGACAGUAUGUGCGGUGA